UCUUUUUCCCUCUCCUCGUCUCCUCGUCCGUAGCAUCCGAGAGGGAGAGCUCGAUCCCCUUCGCCAUGGCCCCUCCCGUCCAAUCCCCGUCCGCCAUGGCCUGCUCCCAAGCUCCACCUGCUGCUCCUCAAGAUCCACACCACCUGCUGCAAGACGAAGGCCGGAGUGCAGUCGAACGCCGCUCGGCGCCGGCGAUGCAGUGCAGCUCGCGGAGCUGCACUGAAGCGCCGCUCGCCGCCGACGGAGUUGCAAUGGACUGCCACUCGGCGCCGGUGAUGCAGUGCGGCUCGCGGAGCUGCACUGAAGCGCCGCUCGCCGGCGACGGAGUUGCAAUGGAGUGCCGCUCGCCGCCGGUGAUUGAGUGCGGCACGCGGAGCUGCACUGAAGCGCCGCUCGCCGCCGAUGGAGUUGCAAUGGAGUGCCGCUCGCCGCCGGUGAUGCAGUGCCGCACGCGGAGCUGCACUGACGCGCUGAUCGCCGCCGACGGAGUUGCAAUGGAGUGCCGCUCGCCGCCGGUGAUGCAGUGCAGCACGCGGAGCUGCACUGACGCGUUGAUCGCCGCUGACGGAGUUGCAAUGGAGUGCUACUCGCCGCCGGUGAUGCAGUGCAGCACGCGGAGCUGCACUGACGCGCCGCUCGCCGCCGAUUUGCGGCCACAGGUGGGGAUCUGUUCGCGUGUGGGGGCGUCUUGUUUCAUUGCAAUGCAGUGACCGCUACGGGCCGACGGGCUUUGUGAUCUGCGCUUUACAUCGGACGGCCGCGAAGGCGACUUACGAAUCGCCUAGCAUCGCCCGACCUACGCCUAGCAUCACCCAUAGAUCUUAGAUGUGUAUGUUCAACUCGACUGCAAGCAACAAGUCCAUACCGAAUACAAUAUUUUCUAACAGUUUCGC